CUGUCCUCCUAUCGACUUCCUACUCCCUCCGACUCUUGUAAUCCUCUACUUCUCCGAUCCCUCACCUUCAUCCGGUCUCCCCCCAUCGCCGAAAACUCUUCAGCAACUCCAGUGGUAGCCGAUGACACUUCAGCAGCCGCAACAAGUUCCACGAAGGAGAAGCAUCGGCGACGUCACUGGAGGAUCCUCAACGCAGUAGCUCUUCCCCUGCUCUGCCUCUCCUGCCGCCAACUACUCCUCUGCACAGCAUCCCCUAGCUCUGCCUCCCCUGCCGUCAAUUUUUGGAGCGCAAGAGAACAGGAAACGAAAAUGUCCCAUCACGGUGGAUAUGGCGAUAAGGGACGCCCGCCGAAGAAGUACAAGCUGCCGCCGCCAAGGUUUGAUGACGACGACGAUGGUUAUUACGGCAAUGAAGCUGGUGGGCGAGGGGAUGAUGAUUAUGGAGACGGUGAGAAAGAGGUGAAAAAGAGGGAUUUCACCAAAUUAGAGCUGAAGCCUGACCAUAUCAAUCGCCCACUUUGGGCUUGUGCGGAUGGUCGGAUAUUUCUCGAGACUUUCUCUCCAUUGUACAAACAAGCAUAUGAUUUCCUCAUUGCCAUUGCAGAGCCUGUUUGCAGGCCAGAGUCAAUGCACGAGUACAAUUUGACUCCACAUUCAUUGUAUGCCGCGGUUUCUGUGGGCCUGGAGACUGAAACUAUAAUAGCCGUUCUAAAUAAGCUGUCCAAGACUAAACUGCCCAAGGAGAUGAUUGAUUUCAUACAUGAAUCUACUGCUAAUUAUGGCAAAGUGAAGCUUGUUCUUAAGAAGAAUAAAUACUUCAUCGAGUCUCCAUUUCCAGAGGUCCUAAAGAAGUUGCUCAAAGAUGAAGUCAUAGGUCGAGCCAGGAUUCAGUCUGAGAAUGAGCAUGGACAUGAUGGAUUCACAAAAAGCAAGACUGCAGGAGAAAUUGGCGGCAGUCAUGAUGGGUUGUUGAAUGAAGCAGAAUUGGCUGCUGCUGCUGAAGAUAAAGAAACUCACUCUUUCCAGAUUGACCCCUCUCAGGUAGAAAAUGUAAAGCAACGGUGCUUGCCUAAUGCUCUGAAUUAUCCGAUGUUGGAGGAAUAUGAUUUCAGAAAUGAUCCUGUAAAUCCAGACAUCAACAUGGAAUUGAAGCCCCAUGCACAACCACGUCCAUACCAGGAGAAGAGCUUGAGUAAAAUGUUUGGAAAUGGUAGAGCAAGAUCAGGCAUCAUUGUGUUACCUUGUGGUGCUGGAAAGUCUCUAGUUGGUGUAUCGGCUGCAUCCCGGAUUAGAAAAAGUUGCCUUUGUUUAGCAACAAAUGCUGUCUCAGUUGAUCAGUGGCACUUCCAGUUUAGGCUAUGGUCAACAAUCCCGGAUGAGCAAAUUUGUCGUUUCACUUCUGACAGUAAGGAGAGGCUCCAGGGUAAUGCUGGAGUUGUUGUGACAACCUAUAACAUGGUUGCGUUUGGGGGUAAAAGAUCAGAAGAAUCUGAAAAGAUUAUUGAAGAAAUAAGGAAUAGGGAAUGGGGGCUUCUUUUGAUGGACGAGGUCCAUGUGGUUCCUGCACACAUGUUCCGUAAAGUUAUCAGUUUGACUAAAUCUCACUGCAAACUUGGGCUUACUGCAACACUUGUCAGAGAGGAUGAAAGGAUCACAGAUCUGAACUUCCUCAUUGGUCCUAAACUGUAUGAAGCCAACUGGUUGGAUCUUGUGAAAGGUGGAUUUAUUGCAAAUGUCCAGUGUGCUGAAGUAUGGUGCCCGAUGACAAAGGAAUUCUUUGCAGAAUAUCUGAGGAGGGAAAACUCAAAGAGGAAGCAGGCGCUGUAUGUGAUGAACCCUAACAAGUUCAGAGCAUGUGAAUUUCUGAUACGGUUCCAUGAACAACAGCGUGGCGAUAAGAUAAUUGUGUUUGCUGAUAACCUUUUUGCUCUUGUUGAGUAUGCAAUGAAGCUACGUAAACCUAUGAUCUAUGGUGCUACCAGCCAUGCUGAGAGAACAAAGAUUCUCCAGGCCUUCAAGACUAGCAAAGAUGUGAAUACGAUAUUUUUGUCGAAGGUUGGUGAUAAUUCUAUAGAUAUUCCUGAGGCCAAUGUGAUUAUUCAGAUCUCAUCACACGCUGGUUCUAGACGGCAGGAAGCUCAACGGCUGGGUCGUAUUCUUAGGGCAAAAGGAAAACUUGAAGAUAGGAUGGCAGGAGGGAAAGAAGAGUACAAUGCAUUCUUUUACUCUCUUGUAUCUACGGAUACACAGGAGAUGUAUUACUCAACCAAACGGCAACAGUUCCUAAUCGAUCAGGGUUACAGUUUCAAGUGUGAAGGUUUUGAUGAACUGGCAAUUGAACAGGUUAUAACAAGCUUGCCUCCACCGGAUUCAGGAGCUGAGUUGAGCUACCACAGCCAGGAUGAGCAAUUGGCUCUUCUGAGAAAGGUUUUGACUGCUAAAGAUGACAUGGUGGGUUUAGAGCAGCUGGAAGAAGAUGCUGAUGAUAUUGCUCUUCAUAAGGCACGCAGGUUUGCAGGAUCAAUGAGUCACAUGUCUGGUGCUAAUGGAAUGGUUUACAUGGAGUAUAGUACUGGACGAAAACUUCCACCAGGUUCGAAGUCCAAGCCAAAAGAUCCAAACAAGCGCCAUAACCUGUUCAGAAAGCGUUAUGGCUGAGAUGAGAAAUCGAAACUUUCACUUUCAGCUCAGUUCAUUUUGACAACCCAGAUGAGUGAAAUGGGCCGAACGUCGAGAAACAAUUCAUAUGCUGCGUCUCUGGCUGCGAGGAAAUGAUGUUAGAAUAGCGCCCCCCACUUAAGUUGAGAUACAUGUAUCUUUAGUAGCCAGAAUAAACUGGGAAUGUUGUUAAUAUAUGUGGUUGUAAAACUGAUUUCUUUCGGGUUUCUAUCUUUAUUAAUAUAAUUAUUAUUAAGGAA